AUGGAAGAGGGCCCCCCUGGCCGGGUAAAAUUAAAUGUUGAUAGCUCCGCAAGAGGAAACCCCGAAAAUUCGGGCGGUGGCGGCAUUUGCAGAAAGGAUGAUAGAGCUUUCGUGUUUGCAUUUGCCACUGGAUACGAAGUGGGUUCCAAUAACCUCGCGGAACUGCGGGCAAUUCAUGACCGGAUAGUGAUAUGCCUAAAAAGAGGAUUGACCAAAGUGAUAGUUGAAUCAGACUUCAAAGUGGUGAUUAACCUUCUCAUGGAAAAGUCUAGCACCCCUUGGAGAUGGAAACCUUGGGUUGCCAGGAUAAAUGCCUUGAUGCAGUUGGGCAGCUUCACCUUUAAUCACAUUCUUCGAGAAGGAAACGACCCGGUCUAUAGUAUGGCUCGAGCAAGGAGUGGGAAUCAGGCGACAACUCUGUACCUUCAUAUGGCUUCUCUACCGGAGCAGGUUCGAGGAUAG